AUGCCACCCGCUACACGUCGCCGCCACCAGCCGCAGCCUGAGCCCGAGCAAACCCUCGAUCCGCCUUCCGACCUCGAUGAUGUAAGCCAUGAUGGUCCUACAGGCGGCUAUAUGGAGUCCGUUAUGGCCGACAUAUACGCAGAGGCCGAGGACGACGAAGACGAGGGCCCACCAGAGUCUCCGACUGAGCCGAGCACGCCACCACUGCCACCAAAUCUGAAGGAGAUAUCAUCACUCGCGUCAUGGACUGUCUCAAGCAGUAAGCCCGGCUGUGGCGUGCCCCAGCUGCGAUCCCCCUCGACCUCACUAUUCUGGCAAUCCGAUGGCCCCCAGCCGCACUACCUCAACAUUCACUUUUUCAAGGUCGUAGAAAUCGUGGCCAUGCGCAUCUAUCUCGACUUCGACCAAGAUGAGAGUUACACGCCCACCAAGAUCGCUUUCCUAGCUGGCAUGGGCGAGAUGGAUCUGCAGGAAUGGGGCGUCAUGUCCUUUGUCGAACCCCGGGGCUGGGUCAAUGUCGACUUCGAAGGCGUUGGAGCCGUCGGUGGGUCUGAUGAUGAUGUCUCGGGCUCCGACGAUGAGCUCGGUGAUGACGAGGAUGAAUUUGAGAUAGGGCGCAGGAGGAAGAAGCUGCCAGUACUUCGAGCGAUGCUUGUCCAGGUAAAGAUUCUCGAGAACCACCAGAACGGGAAAGAUACGCAUCUGCGUGGGUUGCAAAUAUUUGCAAGAGAUAAAGCGUUCAAAGAAAGACGAGCCAACUCUACCGGGGUGCCUGCAGGCACUGGAACGAGAGUCGGAGCUGCGGCGAGCAAAAGAAAAAGGAUCAGGGACAUGCCGGAGCCGGACUUCGGCAUAGUGGAGUUGAGAUAG